AWUCGAGAAUCCACAACCAACUGCUAUAAAAGCAAACGACCUGCUUUGUCGUCAUUCAUUGYUAUACGACAAAGUGAAUACAGCGUUACACAAAMGAUUUUCAAAUGGGGAAAGAUUACUACGAAGUUCUCAACGUUUCAAAGUCGGCCACAGCCGAUGAAAUCAAGAAAGCUUACAGAAAGCAAGCCCUCAAGUAUCAUCCUGAUAAAAACAAAAGUCCAAACGCCGAGGAGAAAUUUAAGGAGAUUUCUCAGGCUUAUGAAGUUCUAAGCGACCCACAGAAGAAAGAMGUCUAUGAUAAAUAUGGGGAAGAAGGUCUUAAAGGACARCCACAGCCAGAUUUCCAAGGACAAAACAUGAACUUUGGAGGUCCUGGUGGAUUCACCUACACAACKUACUCGAGUGGCGAUGCAAGAGAAACAUUCAGGAGAGUAUUUGGAGAUGAAGACCCGUUCGCUGACUUAAUCGGUGGUCUUGGUGGCUUUAACUUCUCARGCUUUGGACCAAAAAACCGUAAGRGCUCUCAGAGAAUWUUCGUCAACGGCGACGACGAUUUUGACUUUGGUUCUUCACCAGCGCACAAGAAACAAAAAAUCGUACAAGAUCCACCGAUCGAAAAGGACCUCAACGUCACAUUCGAGGACCUAAAUAAAGGCGCUGUAAAGAAACUAAAGAUAUCAAGAACAAUAACAGAUGAAAAUGGAUUUCAAACSACAGARGAAAACAUUCUUACAGUGAACAUCAAGCCUGGUUGGAAAGAAGGAACCAAARUAACAUUUGCCAAAGAGGGAGACAGAAGACCCGGUGUCAUCCCUGCUGAUGUUGUCUUKAAAAUCAAAGACAAACCUCACAAAAACUUUACAAGGGACAAGGACAAUAAUUUGCUGCACACUGUCAAAAUAUCCCUCAAAGACGCAUUGGCUGGAGGGUAUWGUGUAGAUGUCCCUACAUUAAGCGGGAGAAARAUAAGAAUUCAUAACGAUAGUGAUGUGAUACAACCUGGUUCAACAAAGAUCAUACCCGGAGAAGGCCUGCCUUUGCCCAAGAAUCCAAGCUCAAAGGGAGAUCUAAUAGUGAAAUAUGACGUAUAUUUCCCUAACCACCUCCCAACUURCACUAAAAAUACAAUUGUGGGMUUGUUGCCAAAMUAAAACUGCCMUGUUGUGCUAUAUAUUUAUAUAUUGUAAGAAUCUUUURUAAAUUCGAUUUAGAUUGUACAGUUAUUUCGCACACWCUAUCUUGUAUAUAUUAUAUGCUAWUAAAUAGAAAAUAAAUAUUUUAUUA